AUGGCAGCAUCCAUUUUCUCUAGAGUGGGUUUGCUGCAAAUCAAUCUGUGAUAAGAGUGAGAAAGAACAACGAUCGAGAAGAAAGGAAGAUGAGUUUAAGGUGGUUAGAAGCUGUUCUUCCACUGGGAAUCAUAGCUGGUUUCCUUUGUGUUAUGGGCAAUGCUCAGUAUUUCAUCCACAAAGCUGCCCAUGGAAGGCCGAAGCACAUCGGUAAUGACAUGUGGGAUGUGGCAAUGGAAAGGAGGGACAAGAAAAUGAUGGAGAUACUUGCUACUCCUUCUUCUUCUUCUUCGUCUUAGGCAUUGUUUUCUCAUUAUAUGGAAAAACCUGCGUUUGGGAAUAAAAUGGUCUUUGAGGCUCUAGAUCAUGUGCAAAGUACUUUAGUAUCGUCGUUCUUCCUUCUCCUGUUGCUGGUUUUCCAUAGCCUAUGAGCUUUAUGACAAUGAGACAGUUGUGAAAUGCUUCUUUGUUGAAUCUGGUGCAGUUGUUGGUUUGUGUUUGGACAUUUGCAAAUUGGAAUUUUCACUAGUAUUCAUCGACUCUCUACUUGAAAAGAGUGAUUUGACUGGAA